UCGUAGUCAGCGAAAUGUUUUGUAAGCGAGGUAGGAUAAUGGUUUUACAGUUAAGAUAUGAUUUGACACCGAGAUUGCGCAAACGAAACAUGAAAUUCACGUCAGAAAUAUUGGCAGUGUUGUUUGAUUGAUGAAUAUACAACGGUAAUUUAAUUGGUUUGCAUAGCAUGCUGUUGAAAUAACAUAUUGAUAACGAACAUUCAGUGUGUGAAAAUGUCGAACCCAGUCGAGGAAGUCGGCACAGUGGUGCGACAAGUGGAAAGGGAGUCUGAUGUCAGUGAUGAAUCAUCUUUUUCUGGCGUCAAAACGGAGGAACAGUUUCACGAUUCUUUCGAUACGGUUAUGUGUUCUGGAAUUCAAGAAACAGAUGGUUAUAAUAUGCCGAAUAUCGCGACACCGCAAAAUACAGGUGAGAAGGAAACAGAGGGAAGGUACGUAGAUCUGCGACAUUCCCGAACGGAUAGAAAAUGUGUACAGGUGGAAGACAAUGACGAUAUAGAAAAACGUGGAAUCCAGGUAACAGAUAGCAGUGAUAUGGAUGACAUAACUGCUAACUUCUCUGAUAUCAACACGAAUGGAUCUUUUGAUGUGACUAGUCAAACGUCAGACUCACAAGUGAAGAAAGAAACAGAUGAACCAAACUGUGCGGAUGUGAACGAGUUUGACUUUUGCGAAGAACUUUCUAAAGACAAAGGUAACAAAUCCAAUGCAGGAGUGAACUUGGAGGAGCUUCUUGAAAAUGAAGAUUCUGACAGUGAAACAGAAGAAGAUGACAACUAUGAAUCAGCGGAAGAAGGCGAGGCGAAUGAAGAUGAAUUAAAACAAUUAGAAGAAAAAAUGACGGAAGAAGAAAAGGAGGAAAAAAGGAAUGAAGCACGUUGCUGUAAAGAGGAAGGAAACAAAUUGUUUAAGGAUCAAAGUUUCAAGGAAGCAAUACGAUGUUACACCAGAGCCCUGCAUAUAUGUCCGCUAAGCUUUCCAAAAGACAGAGCUAUCAUGUUUUCCAACAGAGCUGUCUGUAAACUUAAACUGGACCACAAGGAGGAUGCUAUAAAGGAUUGCACGCAUGCCCUAAAUCUCCACCCACACUACCUGAAGGCCCUGUUGAGGCGGGCUGAACUGUACGAAGGUGAAGAUAAACUAGAUGAGGCUCUUGUUGACUACCAGAAAGUUCUGGAACUCGACCCUAGUCAACACUCCGCUAGAGCCGCCUGUAUGAGGCUACCAGAUCAAAUAAAGGAAAGAAAUGAGAAAAUGAAAGAAGAAAUGUUGGGUAAACUAAAGGACCUCGGAAACAUGAUCCUUAAACCCUUUGGCUUGUCCACGGAAAAUUUCAAGCUCAACCAGGACCCGAACACUGGUGGAUAUUCUGUGAACUUCGCACAGAAUGCAAGCAAAGAAUAACACUAUGGGGGUUAGGAAAUGUAGCACAUUUUUUUAGUUUCUGUCUUCAAAUGUUCCAGACACCAACCCAGACUGGAAAAUGUAUGUGUGUGUAAGCUAUUAAAGUUAAGUUAUAUUGAAAUUGUGAUAAUCAUGUUAAGUACUUGACCUACCCUGUAUAUUACGUCAUUCUCAUCGCUAAUGAUUUUUUUUUAUUAGUAAAUGCAAUUAUCCACAGAAAGGAUAAGAGUAAUUGUUGCGUGCUGGCAGUGUAUCUUCAGUUUGAGACCAAGAGUAAUUUGUGAGACAAGCAGACAUUGAUGAGUCCUUAUCAUUGUGGUGAGAUUAGCAAAAAUUGGUGAAACCAGCAGAAGUUGGUAAGGUUAGCAGAGAUACAGAAGAUCAUGAUAAGUAAGGUUGGUGAGAUCAGCCAAUGUUGGAGAGACCAGCAAAGAACGUUUUGACAUGCACUGUUGGGAAGGACGGCAGAUCGAGAUAGGACAUGUAGCAAGCCAAACCCGUGUUGUAAAGGAAACUUGAUUUUGAAUUCCCUAUUUAUUUCAGAUUAAUUGUUUGAUGAGAAAAAAAUUGGAUAUAAUGCAGUGUAAAAGAUUAUGUUCAGCUGGCACAAUUUUGGCUUUUAGUUAAUCAAAUAUUAAACAUAAAAGUGAUGAUGUUUAAAA